AGAAAGACAGAGCGUGAGCAGGGGAGGGGCAGAGAGAGAGGGAGGCACAGAAACUGAAGCAGGCUCCAGGCUCUGAGCUGUCAGCACAGAGCCCUAUGCGGGGCUUGAACUCACAAGCUGUGAGAUCAGGACCUGAGCUGAAGUUGGUCGCUUAACCGACUGAGCCACCCAGGCGCCCCUAAAAAAAUGUUUUAAAAUAGUUUUUCUGUUAAGAACUUAACAAGAAUGUGAUAUCAUGUUGGCUAAAUAAAUGGAAAGAAACACAGAAAGUCAAUCCACUUAGGGAAAAGAAGAAAGGAGAUGCCUAAAAAGCAACUUUACAGAUUAUCCAAUCUCUCCCAAGUCUGCUUUCUCCCUUGGGUUUUUGGAAACAAAUAUGUGCUCUUUUAAUAAAUCUCCUUUUAAUUAUGAUAGCUAAGUGGAUUUUUCCCUUGUCAAAAGCAUGUUUAGAUAUUCUUUCAUGGGUUGAACUUUACUAUUAAUUGGAAAUUUUUAACUUAGGGUUUUUAUAUUAAUGUAAUAUUUGGGAUCAAAAGUUUGUGGAAUAUUAGUAAGGGAUAAGCACAAGCUUUUGUUAAAAUGUAUGAUUUUGAGAAGAAUUGGCUAUUUUCAAAUUUUACAGUUUUUGGAAUGUCUUAUGAAAAUUCUACAUAGGAGUUUUUGAAUAUAAUUAGUGUCAUAAUAGCAUUAGGGUGAAAUAACAUUGACAAUGUGAAAUGUGUUCUAAAAGAGAUGUAUACCUUCUUUGUAGAAUCUUUAUAACGUGGUUGUUAUGUUCUGGUUUUUGUUUGUAUUUUAGAAUCUAUUCCAUUGCAUAGUGGAAGCCAGAGUGUUUUGCCAUUUGAUGAAAUACAUUUAGAUCACUCUGAAUUAUUGCAAAUUACUAUUCAAAAGAGCAUAGAAAAUGGCUACUUGGGAAUAUGGGGUCUUGUUUAUCCAGCUCUUAUAAUGAACUAGGGUCCCAGAAAAAAAGGGGGUCUUCUACAUUAGGAGGAGAAUCCAUCUAUGAGAAUUUUAAAAUUAAUUGUGAUUUAUUGAUUGAUCUAUUCAACAAAUAUUUUUUGAGUAUCCACCAUGUGUCAGGGACUCUUAUAGAUGUUGGGGGAUGUGGAAGUCAACAAAACAAAGUUCUCAAGCACAAAAAUGACACAGAAAAGAAAAAACUAACUAUGUAUGUAUAUGCUAUAUCAGAUGGUGGUCAAUACUAAGGAGAAAAAGCAGGGUAAGAGUUAUAGGACUUAUAUGCAUUUUCCCAUAGUUUGAAAGUUUCAUAAAAUCAUAAUUCUCUGACCUUAUGUUGAAAUGGCAUCAUAAACUGGAACUAACUGGUAGUUUUUUCUUUGAUAUGAUUCAACCAAUGGGAACCACAAUUCUGUCACAUACACUGCCUAGAAUUUGAAAGAAAAUCCAGAAGAAUUAACCCUUUCCUUUUUGCUGAGGGAAUUUUAAGAAAUCACGUAAGCAUAUGCUGUUAUUUUUAUAAGAUGAUAUACCACUAUUGUCUUCUUUCACUUCUCAUCUUUCGGAGCACCUCACCCAUACUACAGGUUUUAAAAAGUAAGGACCAUGUUUAGGUUCUUUGCUGAUCUGUUUCAGAACUUAGUACAUAGAUAUCAAUAACACUUUUUUUAAAUGAAGGAAUGAAUAAUUAUAAUUGCAUGGUUUUCUGAUUACAUCAUCUCCAAACCAUUUCUAAACUCCUAAUAGCUGGCUAGAUAUCAUACAGAGGGAAUAAAUUGUAGCAAUUCUUUUCGAAGACAACGCAUGGUGGCGCUGCAGGCUAAGGCGUAAAAAAAAAAAAAAAAAAAAAAAAAAAAAAGCAAAAAAGCAAAAAAAAAAAAGCCCAGGAACUGCUACGAACUCUACCUUAGAUCUAUAGCCGAAGACAAAAGCCUGUAAGCAGAGUUCCGGACUGUAAGUCUUACUACUCACCAUCAUUUCUGGACAGAUUACCGACUAAGAGAUCUAUCACCGUCCCUAAGGUAGAGCUGAGCCCCGUUUCUGGAAAGCAUUUAUGGAAUUAAAGAUGGAGGUCGGAAAAGAGUGUUUUCCUAAACAAAGGCAAGUCCUGAUUCUCUUUCUCAUGUUGGGAGUGGCUCUGGCAGGCUGGAAAUCCCGACGCUAUUCUGUGAUGGAGGAAACAGAGAGUGGUUCGUUUGUGGCCAAUCUGGCCAAGGACCUGGGGCUGGGAGUUGGGGAGCUAGCCGCGCGGGGAGCCCGGGUGGUCUCUGAGGAUAACGAACCCCGCUUGCAGCUUGAUUUGCAUACCGGGGAAUUGAUACUGCAUGAGAAACUGGAUCGGGAGGAGAUGUGCGGCCCCACAGAUCCAUGUGUAAUGCAUUUCCAAGUGUUACUGAAAAAACCACUGGGAGUAUUUCGAGCAGAACUACUGGUGAGAGACAUAAAUGAUCAUUCUCCUGAGUUUCCUGAAAGAGAAAUGACUCUGAAAAUCUCAGAGACUAGCCCUCCUGGAACCGUGUUUCCACUGAAAAAAGCCCAGGACUUGGACGUGGGCAACAACAACAUCCAAAAUUACAGUAUCAGUUCCAACCCUCAUUUCCAUAUUUCUACCCGCACCCGGGGGGAUGGCAGGAAAUACCCAGAGCUGGUACUGGACAAAGAGCUGGAUCGCGAAAAGCAGGCCAAACUCAGCUUAACCCUCACAGCGCUGGAUGGCGGCUCUCCACCCCGGUCUGGCACCGCCCAGGUUCGCAUCUUGGUCUUAGACGUCAAUGACAAUGCCCCUGAAUUUGCACAGACACUCUACCAGGUGCAAGUUCCAGAGAACAGCCCUGUAGGCACGCUAGUAGUCAAGGUCUCUGCUAGAGAUUUAGACACUGGGACAAAUGGGGAAAUAUCAUACUCCUAUUUUUAUAGUUCCCAAGAAAUAAGCGCAACUUUUGAGCUAAACAACCUUUCAGGAGAAGUUCGCCUACUUAAAAAAUUAGAUUUUGAGACAAUAUCUUCAUAUGAGCUGGAAAUAGAUGCGACUGAUGGUGGGGGGCUUUCUGGAAGAUGUUCUGUCUCCAUUGAGGUGGUGGAUGUUAACGAUAACUUCCCAGAACUAACGAUUUCAUCACUCACCAGCCCCAUUCCUGAAAAUUCUCCAGAGACAGAAGUGGCCUUGUUUAGAAUUCGAGACCGAGACUCGGGGGACAACGGAAGGAUGACUUGUUCCAUCCAGGAUGAUCUUCCCUUCGUCCUGAAGCCAUCAGAAGAGAAUUUCUACACCCUGGUAACAAAUGGGGCGUUAGACAGAGAGAAAAGACCCGAGUACAACAUCACCAUCACCGUCACCGACUUGGGGACCCCCAGGCUGAAAACGCAGCACAGCAUAACCGUGACGGUCUCCGACGUCAACGACAACGCCCCCGCCUUCAGCCAAACCACCUACACCCUGCGCGUCCGCGAAAACAACAGCCCCGCCCUGCACAUCGGCAGCGUGAGCGCCACGGACAGGGACUCGGGCGCCAACGCCCAGGUCACCUACUCGCUGCUGCCGCCCGCGGACCCGCAGCUGCCCCUGGCCUCCCUGGUGUCCAUCAACGCGGACAACGGGCAGCUGUUCGCGCUCAGGUCCCUGGAUUACGAGGCGCUGCAGGCGUUCGAGUUCGGCGUGCGCGCGGCCGACCGCGGCUCGCCCGCGCUCAGCAGCCAGGCGCGGGUGCGCGUGCUGGUGCUGGACGACAACGACAACGCGCCCUUCGUGCUGUACCCGCCGCAGAACGGCUCUGCGCCCUGCACCGAGCUGGUGCCCAGGGCGGCCGAGGCGGGCUACCUGGUGACCAAGGUGGUGGCGGUGGACGGCGACUCGGGCCAGAACGCCUGGCUGUCGUACCAGCUGCUCAAGGCCACGGAGCCCGGGCUGUUCGGCGUGUGGGCGCACAACGGCGAGGUGCGCACGGCCCGGCUGCUGAGCGAGCGCGACGCCGUCAAGCACAGGCUGGUGGUGCUGGUCAGGGACAAUGGCGAGCCGCCGCGCUCGGCCAGCGUCACGCUGCACGUGCUGCUGGUGGACGGCUUCUCGCAGCCUUACCUGCCGCUCCCGGAGGUGGCGGCGGCCGAGGCGCGGGCCGACCCGCUCACCGUCUACUUGGUCGUCGCCUUGGCGUCCGUGUCGUCGCUCUUCCUGUUCUCGGUGCUGGUGUUCGUGGCGGUGCGGCUGUGCAGGCGGAGCCGGGCGGCGUCUGCGGGUCGCUGCUCGGGGCCCGAGGGCCACUUUCCGGGCCACCUGGUGGACGUCAGCGGCGCGGGGACGCUGUCCCAGAGCUACCAGUACGAGGUGUGUCUGAAGGGAGACUCGGGGACCAAUGAGUUCAAGUUCUUGAAGCCCUUCUUCCCCAGUAUUCUAAACCAGGACCUUGGGAGGAAGUCAGAGGGAAAUCCAACGUUCCAGAAUAGUUUAGUUUCCCUCCAGGAAGAGGACCAUCAGAACCAUGAAAGAGCUGUCUUCCGAAUAUAUGCACGAAGAGGAUCUGACUGGCACAGCAGAUGGGCUGUAAAGACAUGGAGAUGCACCACUAAGAUUCCCCUUCAGAGAAGGACUUGUGUCUGGGAUGGCAGGAGCGCUAUCAGUGGGCAUCCUUCAGCUGUCACACCCAUCCCAGGGUAAGCCACAUCAAGCCACUGAUCAAGGUGGAAAUAUGAAGACCUGGUUAUUUCAGACUAACACAAAACAACUCUAAUGGGCCAUUUUAGCUCCAGAACUCCCUACUUCUCUGUCUGCUGAAUCCUGCCUCCAUCACCUCAAUUCCACAGGUAUAAAUCCCAAAGAACUCUCAGCA